AUGGAGAAAGGAUCCCUGGGAGCUGGACAGAUGUCAUUGACUUUGGAGCAACUCAAGACCUUGGAAAUUUGCCUGCAGGAGGCAGAAGAAAAGGCUAAAGCCUUAUCUGAGCAGCUUGUAGCUUCUGAAGGAACAAAAUCAAAGCUGCUUGAACAUGUUUCCCAGCUGGAGGAAAAACUAGAAGCUUCUGACCACACAGCAGGCAGUGGGGAGCCAUAUGAGAAAAUUGUUCUUGCCAAAAACCAGUACAUUGAGAAAUUACAAGCUGAAGUGAAAGCAUCCCAGGAACAACUCAUGGCCUAUAAAUUAAAGCACAAAAAGAAUGUGAAAAAGCUACAGACUGAUCUGGCAAUGGCUAAGCAAGAGGCUGCCCUCACAGCCCUGGAGCUCAAGGAGAAGAUAAAGGCUCUAUGUGAAGGAAAGCCAGCCCCUAGAGAAGACAACUCCCUGGAAGAGUCGAGAGGAGGUCUCCCACCUGUGGAGGAAGGUGAUCGAAAACUCGGUCUGAUUAUGGAGUUGUCGACCCAGGUUUCCCUUCAGACGGAGAAGAUCACACAACUGGAAGAAGUUUUAGAGGAAAAGGAAAGGAAGAUCCAGCAACUAGAAGCAGAGCAGGGACCCUCUCCUUCCCAAGAGUCCCAGGAUUCUGCCGAAGGACUACAAGACGCUCCAGUCAUCUGCGAUGAUAGCAACACGUCUGUGCUGUCUGAUGAGGCUAGGUAG